AUGGGAAGCGUUGAAGUACACACUGCUCAAGUCCUUUCCUCUGAAACAGACGAGCAACACGUAGCAGGAUUGGAAAAUGUUCAAGUAUACGUUGCUCGAGCCCAUUUGUCUGAAGCAGAUGAGCAGCAGGAACUUCAAGAUCAAAUGGAAGCUCUUGAGUGUACUUUAUCCCUUAGUGCAGAAGAUGUACAAAAAAGAAUUAAUUUUAGCAAGACUAUAGAAAAUCUUCUGAAGCCUUUUUUUGGAGAAAUUAAAAUACAGAUAUUUGGUUCAACAAUGAAUGGUUUUGGAUUUAAGGGGUGUGAUAUUGAUAUGUCUUUUGAAACUGCUCGAGAAAAUGAAGAGAUUAAAUAUUUGGAAAGUCCAGAUGUUCCCUUAGUAAGUGAAGUAUUAAGUGGAAAAGUUUCACCUUCUGAAAUUUCUCAAUUGCCUUCGAGAGAGCAGUUGCUUUUCAUUCACUCUGUGCUAUUAGAAUAUUAUAAGGAAUCCGAAGAACCUGCAAUUUUUAUAAAUGCAUAUGUUCCUUUGGUGAGAUUUCAUCAUGAUAAGUUUAAUUUAAAAUGUGAUCUUACAUGUAGAAAUAGAGUUGCCUUUGCAAACACCAAAUUGAUGUACCUGUUUGCAAAUCUUGAUAAGCGUGUUAAACCUUUGAUGAUGACAAUACGUUAUUGGGCAAAGCAUGCAGAAGUGAUUGGAAAGGGUCUGUUGUUUAACACAUACACAAUAUCUCUGAUGGUUAUUUAUUUCCUGCAGACACGAAAUCCACCUAUUCUUCCCAGUGCUGAAUAUAUUGUAUCUUUAUCAAAUAGCUUAAAAAUUGAUGAUAUGAAUGAUAAAAGUUUCCUGAUCAUCAGAAAUCAAAUUCCAGCAUCUAAAAAUAAUCAAAGUUUAGGGUUAGCUAGUCAAUAA